AUGAAUAGUACUACGAUCGUUCCAAAAACCGAACAGGAAUAUGCUGAGUACAAAGCUAAUAGAGAAAACGUCACUAUUCCAGCCACCUUCAUUUCACCAAGAAGGGGCCAAAGACGUACUUAUGAUAAGACUUCUUUACUUAGAAUAGAUUCAGUUGUGACCAGAGAACAAGCUAAGCGUUAUAUUGACCACGGCGUAGAGGCUUACAUCGCUAAGACAAAGGUUCAGGCGUCCGGAUUCAAAGAACGGGUUGUACGAGGUAUCAUUACUGGGGUUCACGGGAACUCAGGAGUUCUACGGGCUAAGUUUGAGAAGAGUCUUACUCCCAGCCAGAUGGGAUCUUAUGUUUACGUUACCCUCUACAAGGCCAACAAGAACUACAUCCAAAAGGACUAA